CAGCCGGUUCGCUAAAACUGACCCCUGCAGUACUAUUACCCGGAACCAACCCGCUCCCAGCUUGGACCUAGCCAGGAAACGACCAUUUUAUCACAACUACCACCUAGCCAGAGUGCAGAAGCCUGCAUAACCAACCGAGGGGGGACACCAACGGGGCGGAGAGCACAGAGCAGCCAGCCGAGGAGGAGAAAACCAAAGGGGAAAACGCACAGGGCGACGCUAGCCGAAACAAAGACGCGCGUCUGGAUGGUUUUACGCACAGUUUUGGAACCGGACCGACGCGCGUAGCUGCAGACAAUGGACGUACGCGAGAAAACCAGCGGAAAUGUUGUGUGUAGCGAGCAGUGAGAAGCCGAAAAAAGAGGAGUCGAGCCAGGCCUGCCUCUGUGUUUUUCCAUGGAUGAAGAGGGAAAGGCCCCCGCUGUCAGACUGCACGAUCCCCGCAGACAUGGCACACUCCCCCCGCCACGCGUUCAUAUGCUCACCGCGGAAUGCCUGAGCUUUUUUCUCCUCAAAUACUCCAAUAAUAAGAGAUUCUGUGGGUAAAAGUAUUGACGUUUUCGGCCGUGGAGACUUCACUUCUGUCCAACUUUAGCAAGACACGGACCCGCGUAGCUGCAGGCUCCUGUGACCGGACUCCAUGAAUAAACAGAGGACAAAGGAAUGAAGAGAUCCAUUGAACUUUUUGGGAACGCUAAAUCUGAUUUGACCAAAAGCUGCACAUGGAACUCUUAAAUGCAACACUACAGACUCACAAUAGACUAUUUAUGAACAGUUUAAAAACCCAACAGCUGCUCUUGAGGCCUUUCUUAUCGACCAAAUAGAAAUACUGCAGAUAUUUCUAUGAAAACCAAGAGCUUGUCCUGUUAGUUGAAUAAGGGCUUACAGUGAGAGUGUUGGGUCGCUGAGCCUGGGGACACUGCAGCGUCAGAGGGAGAUGUUCCAGUUCAGUAAGUACCCCAUGGACAUUUUAGAGAUGCUGAGUGGACACCAAGCCCAUCAGUUCAAAGGCCUGGGGCUGGACCGGCAGCUCGGCCACCAGCAGCAGGUCCAGCUGCCGCACCAGGGGCAGCUCCAGGGGCAGCACCCGCCCUCCACGGAGCCGUCCGGGAGUCUGCUGUCCGGGCUGGGCCUUAGCUCUCUACAAUCCCCCCGCACCAACGCCUUCGCAGACUCUUCAUCUCUCUUUGCCAAAAUGGGCGCCCCUCCUCCCCCCAUCUCCCACCAGAGUCAGACCUCCUCUUCCUCCACCCACAGCUCAAGGAAGUCCAACAAAAUGAGCAGUACCAGCGGGACGGGCACCACCUCUGCGGGGUACCCUCAGUUUCUUCGCCCCUUCCACCCUGCAGAGGCGCUGGCCCAGGAGCAGCUUCACUCGGGCAUGGGGCGCUUUGACUUUGGGGGAGGGAGCGGUGUUACACCUGCCCCUCCUCCUCCACCUCUUCAUCCAGGGCUACCUGUCCCUCAGCCUUCCCCUGGACCUCCCACCUCCUCCCCUUCUCCCUCCACCUCUGUCUCAGUGUCCAAUAACCCCUCAGGCAGCACCGCUGUGCCCCUAGUGGGCCAGUCAGACCCCCGUAGCCUUCAUCAGCAGUUCAGCUGCAUGCUCGCUGCUAACCAGUACUUCCUGUCAGGUGUCCCGACCAACAGCAGCCUGGAGCAGUUCUUGGUGCAGCAAGGCACCCAUAAUCCUCUGGGGCUGGGUCUCAGUCAGAGCUCAGAGUCAAACUCUGGCCUGGCUCCACCUCCUCCUCUGCACACGUCUCAUGCACACAGUGCUGCUCAACCUCAGCAGCAGCAACUUGCCCCUCACGCCUUAACGCACAGCCACACGCACCACCCUCACCCCCUGCACCCCGCCCCACAGCCCGCUCCUCUGGGGGGCUUCGACUUCCAAGGCAUUCCUGUCCUGUCCUCAAACCAGAUAGCCUCACUCAUGCAGCAAGAAGCCGGGAUCCCACUAUCUCUCCCGCUACACCUUUCCCUCUCCAAAGAGGAGGCAGCAAAGUCUGGGGACGGCCAGUCAACAGCAUCCUCUAGUGGAGGAAGUCGGAGGAAAAAGGCUAUGGCAGGAUAUCUGCCUCAGAGGAAGGCGGAGAGCCACAGUCACAACAGUAACAGUAUGAACUGUCACGAGAGCAGCUCCAGUGGUCACAGCCAGAGCUCCUCUGGGCUGGUGGGAGGGGCAGGUCCCGGGAUUAUUGACCCCCAGCACACCUCUCUCCUAUCUCCCUCUUCAUCGACUACUGUCUCCUCCUCUUCCUCCAUCCCCUCUUCCUCUGCCUCCUCAUCUUCACACGUAGCCAAUGGUAGCCACCAGAUGUCCAAAUCCAGAGAAAGCCAAAACAGCUCUUCGGGGCAGCCAGAGCCUGAACCGCUUUACCACUGCGGUGAAUGUGGUAAAACCUUUACUCACCUCUCCAGCCUGAGGCGGCACCUUCGUAGCCACGGCCUCACGCCCGAAAGCCAAAGCAGGAAGUCGGACUGUACCUCCCCCAGCCCCGAGAGGAUCUUCUGCUGUGGAGAGUGUGGGAAGAGGUUCAAAAAGAGGGGCCACUUGAUCCAGCACAGUGUCACUCACUCAGAAAACAGGCCUUUUGUCUGCAGCAUCUGCCAGAAGUCCUUUAACCGCAGAGAGUCUCUGACCCGCCACGAGAAGAUCCACGAUGAGAAGCCCUUCAGGUGCCCUGCGUGUGGCCGCUGCUUCAGGGAGAGCACGUCUCUGCUGAACCACGCUGCCUCUGGGGCCUGUGGGAAACCUCCACGCAGUUCCAAAGCCAAGAGCUCCGAACUCAGCCGCUCCAGCCAGCCCAAUCCGAGCAGCAUUAAGAUGGAGGGAGGCGAUAGAAUAGGGAUCUCUAAUGAACCCAUGAGCAUGGCCAAUGGCAAAUAUGCCACAGAUUAUCCCAGGGGGCGCUAUCAGAACCAGUCCUACAGCAGCACUGUUGAGGAAUACAACAGGUCUCAGUCCUCACUGUACUCUGAAAGUUCAUUGGGGACAGACAUGUCCAACCAGACUCUCCGAAAAGCCCCUUUAGCUCCCACACUCCACCCCCACCCCCAGAGCCAACAGCCUCAGCAGCACCACCACCAUCCGCCCCCCCAGGCUCCCCCUCCCCCACAGCCCCACCUGCCUCUGUCCUCUCUGCUAGACGACUCCGAGGAUGAGGUCACCAGCAGCGCCAUGUCGGCCAUAGCGGCUGCUGCGGCCGCCUCCUGUGACAUGAAUGGAGAGGGCCGCGAGGGCGAGAGGAGGGACAUCAUCGGGGGUCUGCUUGGGGGGCUGGGCUUUGGAAACAUAGGAGGACCAUCCUCUACAGUGACACUAAACGGAGCCACCAUGCCUUUAACCCACCCCAGCCAGCCCCAGGUCAAACCAAGGAGGCCCAGGAAACCCAGAGAGAAAAGGGAACCUGGAUCUCUGGUGCGGAGGAGACGCAGUCCUCUGCCUCCUAGUGACAACAGCGACCGGCCAUACGGUUGCCAGGUCUGCGGCAAAUGCUUCAGGAGAGCAGAGACUCUGCGCCGGCACCACCGCAUCCACACCGGAGAGAAGCCCCACACCUGUGAGGUCUGUGGAAAGAACUUCAGAGAGCCCUUCCACCUCACCAAGCACUUGACCGUGCACUCCGGUGUCAAGAACUACAAGUGCAACCUGUGCGGAAAGCUGUUUGCCUACGCACAAAGCCUGGUCCGCCACGGCAAGUUGCACCGAAGAGGAGAGAUCGACUCUCAGGGCCGACGCAUUAAAGGCGCAGCCUCUUUAAAUAAAGUGAACUCUGAAAACUCAGACUACUACUCCUCCUGCUCACAAGAAGAAAAGUCCCCCACCACUGGCACGCCCACUCAGCGCAUCUACACCUGCACUGUGUGCUGGAAGUCCUUCAGACAUUACUUCCACCUGACGGCUCACACUCAGACUGUGCACGGAGGAGGGGUGGGUCUGGAGAAGAACUAUCGCUGUGAAGUCUGUGGAAAAGCCUUUGCUUACUCCAACAGCCUGGUGCGCCACAAACAGUCCCAACAUGGCAUGGACCGCAGCGGCCAGAAGGUCACCCAGCCUCAGCCUCAGCACACUGGGUACUCCCCCUUGUACUACGACUCAGGCUCAGGGCACCCUUAUGCUGGGACGUCCCACAUGCAACCAGACCCCUCCCCUCAACAGCAUCAGCAGCAUCAUCAGCAGCCCCAAACCCAGCCCCUGCAGCACCCCUUCCACUACCACCCAAAAGACUUUCAGAGCCAACACGCACCAAGCUUAAAGCGGCGAAAGAAGAGGCGCGUGGUUAUUCACAGCAUCAUGAGGGACGGGAAGCUGGUGGGCGUGCCCCUGAGUAAAGAGACCAGGAGGAAGCUGCUGCUACUGAGGAGGAGGAGAGGGAGGCUCCAGGCGCAGAUCAAUAGGAGGAAGCUGUUGGCCCAGCUCAGGGUCAGAGGCAACCUGCUCAAAGUGAAGUCCUGGAGAGGAGGCGCUGUCAAAGUGUCUGGACUCAGCUCUUUGACUGUGUCCCUGAAACGCUUCCCCUGCCCCAUGUGCCCCUCCAGCACCUUCACUAAACAGGGACUGCUGCGGCUACACUAUGUGACACGACACCCACCCCGAAGUGGCUCGUCGCGCCUGCGCUGUUCGGUCUGUGGGCGACGCUCUCGCUCUCUGCUCAGAGGUCUGAAACACCGCGGAGCACACCUUAGACAGGCCUCUUUCCAGUGCCUCAAAUGUCAGCACUCUUUCUGGAGCCCCAAGCUCCUGGUUCGACACAAGUACUGCUGCCGCGGGGCCACUGCAGUAACAGCACCUGUCCACUGGGGGCUCAUGAACCUAAAAACCUCCCCCCCUCAUCACCAGGACACAGAGCACCUGUCUGUACCGCAGCUCAUCCCUCCUGACAGGGCAGCUCUGCUCUCAGACUACACUCAAUGAUGUUUUAGACUUUAGUUUUGGUCUUUUAUCAUUACAGAGGCCAGAGCUAAUAGUGCUCUGCUGGUGGACACGGGCUGGUUUAGUAAACCUUGUUAACCUUAAGCGUGUUGGUGGCUGUAGUUAGCUUGGACUUUAAAAGGCCUAUAAUCAAACCCACCUUCACACCUGUGACCUCUGAAGAGGUGCAGAACUUUCAGUAGCAGCUAUCACAAAUUCUUUAUUUCUUUUACACGUAGUAUUAAUACUACGUUGACUUAUACGUAGUAUUUACACAGUAUUUAUUCUUGAAAAGCCCACUGUAGACCUGAGAUUCAUUUUUAUUUGUUACAUAAUUUACAGAAUCAUUUUAUUUUGUUCCAAAUUUCCAGUUUUCUUUACUUUUUUCAUAAAUGGAAGCUCUUCCUAGUUAAUAAUGACACCUUUGCCCAAUCCUGAUCUGACAGUCAACAAUGACUUUAAUUUGUGAAGUGACUCAAAAAUCCUGAGCUCGAGACUGAAAACCCGGGAGAAAGUUUUCGUAUUGCACAAUAAAACUCGACUAAAACUGUUAAGUCUUCAGGAUGUAAAUGGACUCCACAGAUGACAGUGUACUGUAUAAUUCAUAAUAUAUUUUACUGUGUCCUGAUCGAUGUUUUUUACACAUGAGUUCUUGUACUGUUCUGGUCCAGGGUUUGUAUUUGGGAGGGCUGUGUAUCUGUGAUAUUUUCUGUACUUUUGUAAUGAUGUGUUCACAUAGUUUAUACUUAGGUCCUGUCCACGUGUUGUUCUUUUUCCUGUUAAACUAAAAACAUGUAAUAUUAUCACUAAAGUACUAUUCAUUUUCUCUACAUAAAGUGAGUUGUUGAACGCUAAAAUCAAAUAAAAAGCUCAAGAGUUUACACAA